CCAUUCUUAGCCUAAUCAACAUUAUCGACAUAGACUGCUGGGAAGAUGCAGGCUCUACUCCAAGCGUACGAGGAAAUGCCUCCUGUAACGAGGAUUUAUACGACCGCAUGUGUCUUAACUACACUUGCAGUGCAAUUGGAUUUUGUUACGCCAUUUCAUUUAUAUUUUAACUGGAAUCUAAUUAUUUAUGAAUAUGAAUUUUGGCGACUGUUAACAUCGUUUUGUUUCUUUGGUUCAUUUGGAUUUAGUUUUUUGUUCAAUAUGAUUUUUACGUAUCGAUAUUGCAUGAUGCUCGAGGAAGGUUCGUUUCGUGGACGGCGUGCUGACUUCGCUUUUAUGUUCAUUUUUGGAGCAGUUUUUAUGAUUGUUUGUGGUACUUUUGUUCAUAUGGUAUUUCUUGGACAGGCUUUUACCAUUAUGCUUGUUUAUGUGUGGAGUAGACGGAAUCCAUAUGUACGCAUGAAUUUUUUUGGUGUUCUCAGCUUCAAUGCUCCCUAUUUACCAUGGGUGUUGCUUUUAUUCUCACUGCUUCUCGGUAACAACGCUAUCGUUGAUUUCAUGGGAAUAGCAUGUGGCCAUUUCUAUUUCUUCUUGGAAGAUGUGUUUCCGUUACAACAGAAUGGUUUUCGUGUUUUGCAGACACCUCACCUAUUAAAGUGGCUACUAGAUCCGGUUCCCGUUGGACCUGUUGAUAUAGAUGAACGACCCGGUGGUUUCAUUUGGGGUGAACAGCCACCUGUACCUGAAUAGCCCUUAAAUUGAUAUUUCGUAUGCGCUGUAUUUCUCUUGAGGGAAUUCGUAUUUGUUUGAAGGCUCGUACGACUGUAGUUUGAGAUUUUUAGUGAUAUCCUCUUGUUUGCAUUUUUCAUAUCUUUAAAAAGGUCAUUAGCAUUCUGCAGUUGUUGGUUUCGACUCACGUGCCUCUCUGAUUGGAUAUAUCAACGGAAUAUGUUGAUUACCAUUAUCUUACAAAAAAAAAAAAACAAAA